GGUGAAACUUGUCAACAUGUCUGCUGUCUGGCUGAUGACUGCAACCUUCCUUUGUCUCUUCUUUGCAGCUCUGGCUGCGGCAGAAAAAUAUAAAGUGGAGUGGAGAAAGGUUGGAAAUUCUAUCACUAUCCAGUGCAAAGACUCCUCUGGUCAGGAACACCUGGAUGUAAAGGGGGGUCUUGAAGAGACUUCGAUCAUUUUCACAUCAAAAAUCAACCCCUCUAAAAUUGUUAUUAGUCCAAACAUGACUUCAAGAAUUCAGACACAUGGAACUUUCCCUAAUGUGCAAAUUCUCAUUAAAAACUUGUCUGUGGAAGACAUGGGACCGUACUGGUGUUUGUACUCAACGUACAAAGGCUCUGGUAGUGAUUACAUAAAAGGUCAAGGAUCUCUGCUCCUGGUAGUGACAGAAAACAAGGACUCAGUGACGUCGGUUCAAGGCUGUAAGUCGCCUCCUCUGAAUAUGGUGGUUGUGUACGUCGUCGGAGCUGCUGUGGUCCUACUGCUUCUCAUUUUGACAUUUGUCAUGUGGAUCAUUCGCAGGCGCUCAAGACCCUCGAUGAAACCACGGCAUGUGGCCACGAACAACAACGAUGUUUACGAGGACAUGCGAGGAACCUUCAGAUGCUGAGGAGGCAGCAUGUGACGCUCUGCGGCGCAGAGACAGGAGCGUGUGCAGUCAUGUCGCAAGUUCAGCAACUUCCAUCUCAUGCUCACGGUUUCAGAAACGCAUCAGACACUUUCUGUAUCUGCAAAUGUGGGCGUGAAGCUAUCGAGGGGAGUCACUUUCCAUCAAAACCUUUUGAGGUCAACAGUUCUCUGCAACCUCUGAGAAGCACUCCUCAGGUCUACGAAGGCCCGGAACUGUUUAUUGCAAAACACAUAUCUUGUUUUUUUUUUUAAACAGUACUACAGUGGGUAAAAUGAGUA